AUGCAGUUUCCCUCCUUCCUGCUCCUGAUUAUAAAUGCGUCUGUAUCUUCUCAAAGCCACAGUGACCCUCAAGAGGCUCUGAAGAUGGCUGCUCGUCGACUCCUGAUGCUCUUGGCCUGUUUGGCCGCCGUGGCUCUGCUGCCUGCUCGAGCUGCAGAAGAUGACCCAGGUUGUGCUGACGGCUGGAGUAAGUUUGGCUCUCGCUGUUUCAAGUUCUUUAAUGUGAAAAAGACCUGGACCGAUGCUGAGAAAAGCUGCCACGAACAUUGUGCAAACCUGCCCUCCAUCCACAGUUUGGAGGAGCACAACUUCAUCGUGAAUUUGAUCAAAACGGCCUCAGGGGGCGACACUCGCACCUGGCUCGGUGGGUCUGAUGCUGUGCAGGAGGGGAGUUGGCUCUGGAGUGAUGGAACUCGCUGGGACUACAGCCGUUGGUAUCCUAACCAGCCAGACAAUGCUGGAGGAGAACACUGCGCUGCCUACUGGACCGGAGCAAAGUUAGGCUGUCCUCCCAUGAACCCACCACCCGCAGGAGGAUCUGUAAGGAGCCGGUGCAAAGAGAUCUGGGCAGCAGUCACAGGCAGGGGCCUUGAUGAUGGAUCUCAGGACAUGAAGACUCUGGGGACAUGGAAUGUCACCUCGCUGGGGGGAAGGACCUGGAGCUUGUGCUGGAGGUUGAGUGUUACCAACUAG